AAGAAACGUAACGAACAAGACGCGUUUGCGCGGUUGAUUAAGCUUUGAGCGUUUGAUUUAAAUAAAUAUUAAUUAAAAAGUAUAAGUGAUGUUAAGAAUUUUAGUUUUAUGGGGCCUGGUGCAGGUCACUGUAGGCCAAAAUAUACAGCAAAUGUUAAAUUUGGGUCUGACCAAUAUUUUCAAACAAAGUCGCUACAAUGAUGUACCCCAACAAAAUGCUGAAUAUGAUUUUGUAAUAGUUGGCGGAGGGCCAGCUGGUUGUGUGUUGGCCAAUCGUUUGUCAGAGAAUCCCAAUUGGCAGGUGUAUCUUAUUGAAGCGGGAGGGCUGGAGAGCAUAAUACAUCAAGUCCCAGCUAUGGCCGCCUUUUUACAGGGCACCCAUUCUAAUUGGGGUUAUAAAUCGGUGCCACAAAAAGCUUCCUGUUUUGGCAUGCCCAACAAUGAAUGUAGUUUACCUCGCGGCAAAGUAUUGGGUGGCACCAGUUCCAUUAAUUUUAUGAUUUAUAAUCGUGGCAACAAAAGAGAUUUUGAUAGAUGGGCUGAGUUUGGCAAUGAAGGUUGGUCGUAUCAAGAUGUCUUGCCCUAUUUCCUAAAAUCGGAAAAUGCUCAAUUGCAAGGUUUAGAAUACUCUCCUUAUCACAAUCAUUCGGGUCCCUUAAAUGUGGAAGAUGUUAGGUAUAGAACAAAAUUUGUGCAUGCCUAUGUUAAGGCGGCCCAACAGGCGGGUCAUGCCAAAACCGAUUAUAAUGGUGAAUCACAAAUGGGUGUUUCCUAUGUUCAAGCCAAUACUUUAAAUGGACGUCGACACAGUGCCUUCAAAGCCUACAUAGAACCCAUUAGAGAGCAAAGAAAAAAUUUGCAUAUAGUAACGCUAGCUCGUGUUACCAAGGUAUUAAUAGAUCCCCAGACAAAAAGGGCCUAUGCGGUAAGAGUAUUACAUCGUAAUACCCUGUUUACCAUAAGAGCUCGCAAGGAAAUUAUUUUAUCGGCUGGCACCUUUAAUUCACCACAAAUUCUUAUGCUGUCGGGAGUGGGACCCCGCGAUAAUCUUCAGGCCAUAGGAGUGCCUAUUAUACAAGAAUUACCGGUGGGUAAAUUGAUGUAUGAUCACAUGUGCCACUUUGGUCCCACCUUUAUAACCAAUACCACUGGACAAACCAUUUUUACCUCACGCUUAAAUGCCAAUGUCAUUAAAUCUUAUACUACUGGUGAUCCCAGCACUGUGCUCUCCUCUAUAGGUGGUGUAGAAGCUUUAACUUUCGCCAAAGUACCCAAUUCCCGGGAACCCAACGAUAUGCCAGAUGUGGAGUUUAUUAAUGUGGCUGGUAGUUUAGCUUCUGAUGAGGGUACUGGUCUUACUAAAGGCGCCAAUUUUAAACCCGAAAUCUAUACCCAAGUCUAUAAACCUCUCAACGAUGCCCAACAAGAUCAUUUCACCUUUCUUAUAAUGCAAUUUCAUCCCAAAUCUGUAGGUAGACUAUGGCUACACAAUCGCAAUCCCCUGGAAUGGCCACGCAUAAAUCCCAAAUAUUUCCAAAACCCUGAAGAUGUAGAAUUCCUAUUGCAGGGCAUUAAAGAAGCCACACGCAUUACACAAAUGCCGGCCAUGCAAAGUGUUGGAACACGUUUACACACCAUACCCAUACCAGGUUGUGAAGGUCAACCAUUUGGCUCUGAUGAUUAUUGGCGUUGUUCCAUACGUGUCAUGUCGUAUACAUUGCACCAUCAAGUGGCUACCUGCCGCAUGGGUCCCGCUAACGAUCCCACGACUGUGGUAAAUGCAAAACUUCAAGUUCAUGGUAUUGAGGGUUUGCGUGUGGCCGACACCAGUAUCAUACCAUUUCCACCAACAUGUCAUACUAAUGCUGCAUCGUUUAUGAUUGGUGAAAAGGCAGCUGAUAUGAUACGUUCGGUUUGGUCUUAAUGUUUUAGCAUGAUGCGCAACAAGUUAGUAUUUAAUUUAAAUGUAAGUUUUAGUUCUUAAAGUCUUUAGUUUGUUAAGAUUUUUUACUUUCGUAUAAAUUUAUUAAA